UAAAGCUGAGGCCGGGUCUGUGUGCCCGAGAGAGGGGGCUGUGUCUUGAGCCAGCUGCUCCGGCCAGGGCGCGUGAGCAGGCCAGGCAGGCCGUCUGGGCCAGAAUCGCCAGCCGCAGACAAGGGUACUCCGACCAGCCCAUGGAAGAGUCAUAUGAAGAGGCGGUGAUCAAAGUUCUUGAGCAGGAGUGGACAUGUUUGGGUUUCCAACAGCAACCCUCCUGGACUGUCAUGGAAGAUAUGCCCAGAAUGUAGCAUUUUUCAGUGAAUGUGAUGACCGAAGCCCACAAGUAUGACCCCUCAGAGGCCACAGGAUCCUCAAGCUGGGAUUUCCAGAGUUCUUUCAGAAGAGAGAAGCUAGAACAAAAGUCCCCAGAGUCUAAGGCACUCCCGGAGGACUCACCUGGAGUGAGACAGAAGGUCUACGAUUGCCAGGAAUGUGGGAAGUCUUUCCGGCAGAAAGGCAGUCUAACGUUGCACGAGAGAAUCCACACUGGUCAGAAGCCCUUUGAGUGCACCCAGUGUGGGAAAAGCUUCAGAGCCAAAGGCAAUCUAGUCACACAUCAGCGAAUACACACAGGAGAGAAGCCCUACGAGUGCAAGGAGUGUGGCAAAAGCUUUAGUCAGCGAGGCAGUCUAGCUGUCCACGAGAGACUCCACACGGGACAGAAACCCUACGAGUGUGCCAUCUGCCAGAGAAGCUUCAGGAAUCAAAGUAACCUUGCUGUUCACCGGAGAGUUCACAGUGGUGAGAAGCCCUACCGAUGUGACCAGUGUGGAAAAGCUUUCAGUCAGAAAGGAAGCUUGAUUGUGCACAUCAGAGUUCACACAGGUCUGAAGCCCUAUGCGUGUUCCCACUGCAGGAAGAGCUUCCACACCAGGGGGAAUUGUAUUCUGCAUGGAAAAAUCCACACGGGAGAGACACCCUAUCUCUGCGGCCAAUGUGGAAAAAGUUUCACUCAAAGAGGGAGCCUGGCUGUGCACCAGCGAAGUUGCUCACAACGGCUCACUCUGUAAGCACUCGUCAAAGGAAGUUCUUCUUGCAGAUUAAGAGUGCAAACCCUCAGUAAUCAAGAAUCUUAUCCAGGGUCAGAGGGUAAGUGGAAGCUCUUUCAGAAGGACCAGCAUUUGAUAGGGUAAACUGACUUUUUCCCUCUCCCCCAAAUGAAUAUGAAAAAUAAAUGUCCUGUUUAUCAUUAUC